UGCAGUUUUAACGUUGUUUAUUUUAGUUUAAAUUAAUAUGACAUUAGAUCUGUUGAAAUUAUUUUAUGUGUCAACCGUUUUUCUCCAGUGUGUGCGUUGUGAGUUUUCAGUAGACGAGGUGAACAACCUAAUACAACUAUACAACGUGAACAUCAACGCAUCGCUGACGCUCACCAAGAGCGACAAGGAGCUGCUCAACUCCUGGGCGGAGACACACCAGGUGCAGCAGGUCAAUGUGACCACCAAGUACCGGCUGCAGAUGAGCAGGCACAGAGAGCAUGCGUUUCGGAGAGGCGAUGUUGACAAGAAGUGGACACAAUGCAUCGAUAUUUAUUCAGAAAACUUAAAAAGUACAAACCAUAAGUACUAUGAAGACGAAAGUGAAUGUCUUAAAACUGCCAAUGGAGACGAUAAAGAACCCAGGAAAGCAGUCGAUCAAAUAGAAAAAGAGAUUGAAAGAGACAACUACAACUUCACCCUACAAAGGCUGAUGCUUCUAAAGCUAGAAGCGAUGGGUCAGCUCUACAUCAAACUAUCCUCAUCGAUAGAAAAUUUGGAAGAGUGCCUGAAAAUUACCCUGUCUGGGUACCUAGAGAGUGCCAGGUCCUUGUUGACAUCUAUACACAGGUGCUACAAUGGGAGAAGAAAAGAAAAUUCUACUGAUUUAAACGCAUAA